UGCAGUUUUUCUCAACCAUGGUAUGAAGACUUUUUAUUUAAAUGAAAUUUAUAUGGGAUGAUGAAUUUUUUUCCAAUUUCUACAAUCUGGUUUCACAGUUCAUCUUAGCAAAUUGCUUUUGAUGUGAUGAUCUUUGUGUAGAAGAGUCUAACAAUGGAAGUAGUAGCUUCCUCCUCUUUUUCAUCACAAUUCACCACUUUCACCAGAGUGAAGACGAAGUAUGAUGUUUUCAUCAGUUUUAGAGGUGAGGACACUCGCAAUGCUUUCACAACCCAUCUUUUCGAGGCUCUGCGCAUCAGAAAAGUUUACACCUACUUAGACGAGGUCACUCUCAAGAGAGGAGACGAAAUCUCACCUGCGCUGCUUCAAGCAAUUGAGCAAUCCAAGAUUUCUGUCAUCGUUUUCUCGGAAAAUUACGCCGACUCCUCAUGGUGUUUGGACGAGCUUGUGAAAAUUAUGGAAUGCAAGGAGAUUCUUGGGCAGCAAGUGGUUCCCAUUUUUUACCAUGUUAAUCCUUCGUGUGUGAGGAAACAAAAGGGGACUUAUGAGCUUGAACAGCAAUUUAAAGAUAAGAUGGAGUUGCAGAUUCAUGGGCAGGCAUGGAGGAAUGCUUUGACGAAAGCUGCCGAUUUGUCUGGUUGGAGUACUCACCAGAUCAGGUCUGAAUCCCAAUUAACCAAAACAAUUGUUGAAGAUAUUAUCAACAAACUGAGGUCUGUGUCUUCUUCAAGUGCUUAUUAUUUGAAGGAACUAGCCGGAAUACACAAACGCAUGGAGCAAGUUGAAUCAAUGCUACGCCUUGACUCGUCCUGUGAUCGAGUGGUUGUGGUAGGGCUUUGGGGAAUGGGGGGUAUAGGCAAGACAACCCUUGCUCGGGCUGUGUUUGACAAAAUUUCUCAUCACUUUGAAGGUUGUUGCUUUCUUUCAAAUGUCAGAGAAGAAUGGGACCAUGGAAGAAAAAAGAAUGAUUUACAAAAAAAGCUUUUCUUGGAGUUAUUGGAUGAAGAAAGUCAUAAAAAUAGGAAAAUGCUAUCCAUUUUUGACAGAGAUAGACUCCUUUAUAAGAAGGUUCUCAUAGUUCUUGACGAUGCUGAUGAUUCGGAGCAAUUGGAAUUUUUGACUCGAGAUGGUGAAUGGUUUGGGUUGGGAAGUAGAAUCAUCAUAACAACAAGAGAUGUUAAGUUGCUUAAGAAUCGAGCUGAUGAGAUAUACAAAGUUGAGGAACUGAGUUUUGAUGAAGCUUUCCAACAUUUUGAAAAGAAUGCUUUAAGAAAAAAAAUUCCAAUAGCCGAGUUUAAAGAGGUAUCAAUAAGGGCGGUAAAGUAUGCACAAGGCAUUCCACUAGCUCUUCAAGUAUUGAUGGGUUCCCUAUUUAGUUAUAAUAGCACAAGAGAAUGGAGAAGUUUACUGGAUGACUUAAAAGAUUCCCCCAAUGAAAAAAUUCAUGAUGUGCUGAAGAUAAGUUACGAUGGUCUCACUAGAAAAGAAAAAGAUGUGUUUCUUGACAUUUCAUGCUUUUUCAAAGGAAAGAAAAGAAGUUACGUGGAAGGAAUACUUAAAGGUUGUGAUUCCUUUGUUGGCAUGAGAAUAGAUAAUCUGGUUGAUAAGUCUCUCAUAACUAUUGAGAAGCGCAGAAAUUCGCUUUGGAUGCAUGAUUUGGUACAAGAAAUGGGCUGGGAAAUUGUUUUCCAACAAUCCAUUAAUGAGCCUGGAAAGCGUAGUAGAUUGUGGAAUCCUCAAGAUGUCUACAGUGUCUUCAAAACUAAUAAGGUCUCAGUUGAGGUUGAAGGAAUAUCCUUGGACAUCUCUAUGAUUAAAGCAUUAAACUUGAGCCCCGAUGUGUUCCUGGAGGCAAAGAAUCUUAGAUUGCUCAAAAUUUAUAGUGAUAACAGAAUCAACAAUGACAGAUUAUGUUUCCCUCAUGGUCUUCAAUCUCUUCCGGAUGCACUUAGGCUUCUUUACUGGGAACAUUAUCCACUCAAAACUUUGCCAUCAAGUUUCGAUCGUGAGAAGCUUGUUGAACUUAGAAUGCCAAACAGUCAGGUGGAACAACUUUGGGAUGGAGUUCAGCAUUUACCGAACUUGGAGGUUAUCGAUCUGAGUCACUCCAAGAACCUGACCUGUAUUCCAGACUUGUCUCAAUCUUCUAAUCUUGAAAUGAUAAAUCUGGAGCAUUGCAUAAAUUUGCUCCCUGUUACAUCACAUUUCCAAAAUCUUGAAAAGCUUACUUAUUUGUAUAUGAAUUAUUGUGCAAAGCAAACAAGUCCUCCCAACUUAAGGCCGGGUCUCGCACAACUUGAACUUAGGGGCUGUCAGAAUCUUAAAAACAUUCCAGAAAUAAAGGGAAAUAUGGUUGAAAUAGAUUUAAGUGAGACUCCAAUAGAAGAAUUGCCUUCAUCUAUUGGUUCCUUGGACCAACUCAUGUAUUUGACUCUUGUGAACUGUAAAGGCCUUAAGAGUCUUCCUUCAAGCAUUUCCCAGUCGCAAUGCUUGGCUGGACUUAAUCUUUCUGGCUGCUCAUCUUUUGAAAAUUUACCAGAUCUUCCAACGAGUCUCUGCGACUUAAAUUUGAGUGGAACAGCAAUACACCAACUGCCCACGUCAAUUGAAACUCUUGCUUAUCUCGAUAGGAUUUAUUUAAGGGAUUGCAAAAGGCUGAAAAGUCUGCCUACCUGUAUUUACAAGUUAAAGCAACUAUUACUUCUUGAUAUAAGUGGUUGCUCUAAAAUUGACAACUUCCCCGACAUUUUAGAGCCUAUGGAGCAAUUAGCUUUCCUUUAUUUAUCUGGAACAGCUAUUAAAGAGCUACCUUCUUCAUUAGUUCAAAAUCUACCUAAUCUUAGAGAAUUGGACUUGGGAAUGUGUGAAAGCUUGAGAUCCUUGCCUGAGCUACUAAUAAACAUAACUCUAAAUGCACAAGGUUGCACAUCAUUAGAAACUCUAUCUUUUUCGAGGAGGAAAUACACAGAGCCUAAUGACCAAUCCAUACUUAAAGAUGCAACAAAUAAUUUCCUCUUACUUUUGAAUUGUCUAAAGCUGGACCAUAACACACGCAGCAUCAUAAUAGCUGUUGGGCAGUUCAGAAUUAUUUGCAUUGCAGUUCGAAUAUGGUUAGAUGACGGCAACUGGGGGGAGUAUUAUAGGCGCCAUGUUUGUAUUUGCUAUCCUGGCAACGAAAUUCUAGAGUGGUUCAACUAUAUUGCAGGUUCUUCAGAGGUUGUCCCACUACCUUCGAAUUGGUACAAUUCCAAUUUCUUGGGCUUUGCUCUAUGCUUUGUAGUUGAAUUUGAGGAGUACAACUAUUAUCUUGAAGGUUUAAGAUUUCUAAUUGAGUUUCAAGGGACGACUAAGUCAGGUGAAUGUCACAAAUCCAGUCGUAUUUUGGAGAUGGCUACUUCUACAUAUGCUAAGACAUCAAGUAAAACAAGAGCUGAAAUUCUUGAUUCAGACCACGUAUUCAUGUUGUACGAGUACAGAAGCUUUCUUGCUUGUCGAGAAAUAGAAGAAGAAGAUGAUAACAUUACUGGAGUCUCAUUUUUAAUCUGUCCAGUAGGUGAAGAUGACACAACACCUAUUCACUCAUGUAGAAUGAAAUCAUAUGGUAUCCGCUUGUUGUAUGUUGAAGAAGCUCAGCAAUUUGGUCUCUUAACUAAACCUGAUAAUGAUCAGAAAUUAAAACUAGAAGAAGUAGAAGAAGAAGAAGAUGUUGAUGACAUCUUUGGCAACUUUAGUUCCAAUGGUUGUGAACCGGGUGAAAAUACAAAAGAAGAUGAUGAUGAAUCAAACAUAAUUGAUUUAAAUGACUCUGCUGUAGAUUAUGUUGAAAAAGAACGAGAAGGUCCUCCUCUUAGCUUAAACUGGCCUGAACCAAGUAGAUGCCAUGAAACUCUUAACAAUGUCUCUGCUGAUGCAACAGAACGCGAACAAGAACCAACUGGAAGUGAAAUACAACCCUACUCUGCUGCAGAAAAUCACGAAGAAAAUGUCAAACCAAGCCAGAGUGGGACUAUGGACUUUAUUGAAGCUGACAAUGAGGAUCUAAAUUCAUUUUCAAAUGGUUGCUUACUGUUUCUCUCCCAUAUUAAAGCUAUUUGCCUGGGGAUUUUGGGGAAUAAAUCUGGUCCCGAGUUUAAUCAAGAAUCAUCAUCUUCAUCUGGAUCAGUCCAGGAGCAACUUCAGGCUCUGAGAAGUACAAUACAAAAUCUUCAAUCAGAGAACGCUAAGUUGCGAGAUGAGAACCAUCAGCUUUCACAGCAGGUAAAGGGAAAGAAAAUCUCACCCAGUCUUAAGUGUAGAGCUUAGGUGGCGAUGUGUACAUAUGCGGCCGCUUGACCACCACGGCCAAGGUGUUUCUCAGAGGAACUAGGGGUUAACCCUAUUUUUGCCGCUUAGGUUGGCAGGUUGUAAUUUUUACACUGUAAUGACCAUUUUGGAUUGUAAAUAACUUUGUAAACACUUUUAUGGGUCCAUGUACAGUUUUAUGUUUUAAAUAAAAUAUAUCCAUUCCUUUU